AUGCAUCUUCUAAGCAUUCCUGCGGAGGUCCGUCUCCAGAUCCUUUCGGAACUCCUCGUCCAAGAAGGCACCAUCCACUUUGAUGCGAGGUACGGCCCUCGCAAUCCGCGCCUGAUUCGAACAACGCAGGGCCUCUUUUCAACGCUGCUUCGCGUGUGCAAGAAAAUUAAUCAAGAGGCCAUACGGUUACUCUACUCCAACAACCGCUUUCAAUUUCCGAAUGCGUUCACCACAUCGUGGAACACUGAUGUACCAUACAUUGCGUCCUUCGUCCAGCAAAUCGGGUCUAAUGCAAGCUUUCUGCGAUCUAUUCGUCUCGACUUCCCAACCUCAUUUGCUGAUAGGAAAGCGUAUGUCCUUUACAAGGAGUACAUCGACGUCCUGCAACUUAUCAGGGAUACUUGCACAAAUUUAAAAACUAUCGAGAUAUCAUCUCUUGAACUCCCUAUUUGGGAUGUUGAUUCCGCAGCAGGGAUGUUAAAAGCAAUAGAUGACGGUGGACUUAAGGAAAUGCACUCACUGGAGGAGAUUAUUGUGAUUCAAGGGGAGCAUGAGAUUGAUGACGAGAUUGUGGCGGAUUGCGAGGCCUUGAGACAUAGGGUACCGAGCAUCAAAUGGUUAAUCGAGCUAAGGAAACUCCCACCCAGAAUUUGGAUUUCUGCAGAUGAUAGGGUUGAGUAUGAGGAGGAGGUGAUUAGGAGGGAACAGGAGAGGUUUGAGAGAGAAGAGGAUGAGCAGUGGUUGGAGGAGUACUACCGCCGCAGGAAUGACCCAUAUUGGAAGAAUGAUUCAGACUACGAUUAA